UUUCAAGGGUCAAGUCGCUCUGGAGAUAUCACAAAUAUUUAGCACAGCCCAUAUAUCCUGAAGAAGCGCAUUAUUUUGCGUCUUUCUCGUACUGAAUUCUCUCUCGCCCUCAGGCCAUCCAAUCGCUCGCCUGUUCGACUUUUCUCCAAGUUCCCGUUUAAUUGAAAUCAACAACCCCCACCAUGUCGGCAGAAAAUCUGUCCAUAGAGCAGCGAUGGGCUCUCAUCAAGGAGAACCUCCAGGAGGUGCUCAACCCGGAGAUCAUUGACGAGGUCCUGAAAAAGGAUGAGCCACUCAAGAUCUACUGGGGUACUGCUACGACCGGAAGGCCGCAUUGCGGAUACUUCGUCCCCGUCCUCAAACUCGCGCAAUUCCUCCAGGCAGGAUGCCGCGUCAAGAUCCUCCUCGCCGACAUCCACGGCUUCCUCGACAACCUCAAAGCACCGAUCGAGCUGGUCAAGUUCCGCGCCGAGUACUACAAGUUCGUGAUCACGGCCCUCCUCAAGGCCGUCAAGGUGCCCAUCGACCGACUCGAGUUCGUCCUCGGAUCCUCCUACCAAUUGACACCGGAGUACACCAUGGACCUGUUCCGGCUGUCGAGCGUAGUGACGGAGCACGACGCGAAGAAGGCAGGCGCCGAGGUCGUCAAGCAAGUCGAGAACGCGACGCUCUCCGGCCUCAUCUACCCGCUCAUGCAGGCGCUCGACGAGCAGUACCUCGGCGUUGACGCACAGUUCGGAGGAGUCGACCAGAGGAAGAUCUUCGCGCUGGCCAAGGACGUCCUGCCCAAGGUGGGCUUCAAGGAGCGCGCACAUCUCAUGAACCCCAUGGUGCCCGGCCUCCAGGGAGGAAAGAUGAGCGCCAGUGACCCAGACUCCAAGAUCGAUUUGCUCGACACCCCUGACGCGGUCAGGAAGAAGCUGAAGAAGGCCGUUGCGGCGCCCAAGGUCGUCGACGGAAACGGUAUCCUCAGCUUCGUCGAGUACGUCCUCCUGCCCGCCAGCUACCUCCGCUACGGAGUCCAGAAGUUCGUCGUUGAGAGGAGAGACGACACGCCGUUGGAGUACACCAAUAUCGCCGACAUGCAAAAGGACUACGAAGCUGAUGUCCUCUCCCCACAGAACCUGAAACCAGCCGUGACAGAAGCCCUGAUCGCGCUCCUCGAGCCCAUCCAGACCGCCUUCCAAGCCGACCCCACCUGGCAGGGGAUCGAGAAGAAAGCCUACCCGCCACCGCCCGCGCCGCCGAAGAAGGAGAAGAAGCAAAAGAAGGACAAGGGAUCCUUCUACCCCAAGAAGGUCGAGGCCAAGCCGGACGGCCACGUCGAGGGCGCGGACAAGGCGGUCGUUGAUGUUGGCGCAGACGGUGGUGCGGAGGCGGUUGCGAAGUUGGGCCUUGAGGAGAAGUAGAGAUGGACGAGACGUGUUUUUUUUGAGAGAGGGAGGAGGAAGACGUUUUUGUGAGGGGAUUCUGAGUUAGAUGACUGGUUCGUUGGUUGCGUAAGGCCCUUUCCUCCUUUUUUCCGCGUAGAGAGGGAGAAUUGGUGGUGAUUGAUGUUCAAUCCAUCACACCCACGCACCGCAGCCCAUUCGACGAAUCUGCCCCUAGCCACCUCAAGAGAUGAGAAGACGAUAGAAAGCAGGUAGAUAGAUACCAUUUGGCAUGUACACCGACAGCAAAAGAAACGAAGCACUUUUUCACAUUCAGACGAAGGAAAGAUGGGAAAACGCACCGUGAUGUUUUCUCUCUAAUCAUUAGUGAUGGCACGAGGGUAUGGGAAAGGUCGCUUUUUUGACUACAUUAUAGAAGCAAGGAGAUUUGAGAGUCUAAAGUG